AUGGUCAAUGCGGUUCUCCAGUCCACAAUUCAGGAGUGCCAGCUGCGGGCGACGACAACCGUCCCGAAUCUGCCGACUUCCCUCGCUGCCAUGCCAGCGAUGGCUGGACCAUCCCACGCGGCACCCUCCUUCACAGCUGCUUCCUGGGCAAAACAACAAGAUAACCCGUUGACACCACCAGACACUGUCUCAGAUGAAGCACCUCCAACAGAGGCCGACCUGAAUGGGCCUCGCGAUCCAGGGGUAUCUAACGAGGUUUGGUACCAACUGCAAGCUGAUCGAAAACACCACGACGCACAAAUUAAGCACGAUGCGGAGAUCAUUAAUGAGGAAAAGGCUUUGCGAAAGAAACUGGAUAAUAAUGCAGAGAUACCAGACGAUGACGAACGACGUCAAUAUGAAGAGCUUAUCGAGGAACGAAAGAAGAAGGAGGAAGAAGCUCAGAGGAAACUGCGGGAAAUGGGUGUCUGUCCUGUGGGAUAUUGUUGGAUCCCACAGGCUACAGGCUACCGGUGUGCGGGUGGUAGUCAUUUUGUUUCCUCGGCACAGCUGGGCUUAAUGCGCGCAAUGCGAAUGCCAUUCCCUGAUGAGGCCGGGCUCAGAUACAAUCAGUUCCUACUGGUUCGCAACCAAGAUAGCAUAUACACCAGGACGUAUUCUACGGUCUCGGCGUACGCAACUAUUCCAAUUUUACUGAAAUGUAGGACAUUCUUUGAUUACGUUGGCGAUAAAUUAUAUCUGUCGCGGUUUUUAUCACAAACCUCUCACUGGAAAGCUUACCUUCUGGCACGUAACCAAGUUAUGGCCGCCUGA